AUGGAUUUAGAGGUUAAAGGCAUUGCUGCUUCUCCUACGAGUCAAACUCAGCCUUUCACUGGAAGAAACAAGCUGCUGCAACAAGGACAGACUUCCAGGUCAUGGGCAAUCCAGAAUGCUGGCCUACCUGUGGUUCCACGACUUGAUUUGGGAAGCCUCAUUGACUCUGACGAGGAGGAUGAUUUUUCAUACAUCCAACUUACUACUGCCCAUGUUCAUUUUAACCCACCAAAUUCAUCUUCUGCUCUUAGUUGCAUCACACCAUGUCAAAUAUCACAUACUCAGCAUCAUCUAAAUGAACUGGAGCAAGACAUAAUUCCUGAAAACUUGCCAGCACCAACAAGCAAAUAUAAACUAAAAUAUCAGCAAUAUAAAACUGAAAUGAAAGAGGGAUAUAAACAGUAUAGUCAGAGAAAUGCAGAAAAGACAAAAUCAAAGAUCACACAACAGUGUCCAAGAAACAAGAUAGAUGACAAGUGUGUAAAAGUUGAAGAAGCCAUCGUGGAUGGUCUUACCACUCUGGAUAGGAAAGCCCUCUUACAGCAGGGUUAUGCAGACGUCCCUUACAAUGCACAAAGGAGUAUGAGAAAAUCUAAUGCUGAAAUUGUGGCUGCAGAGAGGAAGAAACAGACUGUUGCAGAGCAAGUGAUGGUAGACCACUUAUCUAGGGCUGUAAUCAGUGAUCCAGAACAAAACCUAACCACUGAGAGACAAGAAAGUGCUCGUAUCUUUCCAGAUUCAAAGAUAGCACCUCUUCGAUUUAGGAAAAGAACACUACAUGAAACUAAGAUAAGAACCCAUUCUACAUUAACUGAAAAUAUGCUUUCUCAUAAAGUACAGUUUGAUGGUAGGAUCAUAUCAAGAAAUGGACGUGAUGCUUGCAGAGAGCUGGUUGGGUUCUUUUUUGCUCAUGACCAGUCCCUAACAAUUUAUGAAUAUCGGCAAUUUGGGAAAAACAGAACAAAUGUGCUUCCUUUUAUUCAAAAAAACAUUUAUAGUCAUCAGUGUGGACGAAGAAAAGGAAAACACUACCAACUUGGUGAUUUUUAUGUUGGUGCAAACUUGACAUUUUUGAGUUCUGAUCAUCCCAGACUUCCAGAAAGCAUAAAAGAAAACACAUUACUUAUACUUCGGAUCACUAAUAUUGAUCAGAUAGCUUUGGAUUCUCUCAAAACUGAUUCUGUGGAACGUGAGGAUGAUACAACCAGUCAAGAAACCAAUGAUAGGCUUGUCUUAAAGGCCAUUCAAGAUGCGCUAAAAGAACAGCUACACAAAAGGGGUGUUCGUAUUUUGACUGGAUUGGGAAAAUAUCUUCAACAACUGGACAAGGAAGGAACUGGACUUUUAGAUAAGGCAGAUCUUAAGCAAACUCUACAAGUGUUUCACUUAGAACUGUCUGAAAAUGAUUUUGAGUCUGUGUGGCAAAUUCUGAAUGGCAAUGGCAGUGGCAAGGUUGAUUACGGAGAAUUCAAACGUGCCAUUAUUGGUGAAAUGAAUGAAUACAGGAAAUCGUUUGUUCGAAAGGCCUUCAUGCAAUUGGAUUUCAACAAAACUGGCUGUGUGCCUAUUAUAGACAUAAGAAAAUGUUACUGUGCAAAGAAACAUCCUCAAGUAAUUUCAGGCCUUUCCACAGAGGAAGAAAUCAAAUUAUCUUUUCUAGAAACAUUAAAAGAUGCCUGCAGCAAGUCGGAUGAAGUGUCCUAUGGGGAAUUUGAAGAUUACUAUGAAGGUCUAAGUAUAGGGAUAGUAAAUGAUGAAGAUUUUGUUAAUAUUGUACGUACUCCGUGGGGGAUUUAA